AGUAGGAAGCAAAGCGGCGGCCGUCGAAGCAAACCCCAGCUCCCACUGCAUACCACUACGAUUAGAUUACACCCAGGCCCGAGAGAGAGAGAGAGAGAGAGGUACCAUCCAUGGCGAUGCGUGGCCACUCAGUCCUGCUGUGCCUCCUUGCGGUUGUGGUCGGCGCAGGAUGCGUGCAGCCGAUGAUGGCUAGGCCCGCCGGGCCUGAGUCCCGCCAGAACCCAAACCCACAGGUGCAGUUUGGCCCGCAGCGGAAGUUGCAGCAGGUCCCAGACCCAAACCCACAGCCGAUUCCACUACCGAACCCGCAGCCGCUGCCAAACCCAAAUCCACAGCCGCAACCGCAGCCUCUGCCGAAGCCAGACCCAAACCCACAGCCACAACCUCUGCCCAAACCAGACCCAACCACGCAACCUCUGCCUUUACCACAACCAAAUCCAAACCCACAGCCACAGCCUUUGCCACAACCAGAUCCAAACGCACCGCCACUUCCUCUACCACAGCCAGAUCCAAACGCACCGCCACUUCCUCUGCCACAGCCUUUGCCACAACCAGAUCCAAACGCACCGCCACUACCUCUGCCACAGCCUUUGCCACAACCAAACCCAAACGCGCCGCCACUACCUCUGCCACUACCUCUGCCACAGCCAGGCCCAAGCUCUAAUCCGCAGUCACUUCCAAUGCCAUUGCCAGAUUCAAACACAUCGGGGCGACAAUCUAACGUACUGCGGGGACCACAACCACUUUCGAACGGUGGAGCCGGAGCUUUAUAUUCGUGGGGCACCAAGUACAUACACAUACUUUUCAUAGGCUUAGUAUUGUACCACGGCUUUGUUUAGGUAUAAAGAGGCUUAUUCUUGUAAAUAAGCGGGUUAUUUUCCUAGACUCCGCAUCCGCCAUAUCGAUUUAGAUAUAUUUUAGUCAUGCGGUAUUGUAUUUGUACGACCAUGGCCUCUCAUGUAUACUACUAAUAUCUAUUGUAGAUUUAUGUAUAUGAUCACACAUAUACUUCUUGUACUCUUGUAAAUAAAUUGUGUAUGUAUUUGUUCCACUUAUAUAUCGGUUGUAAAGUCUGUACUUA